AGCCGAGCAGAAACAUGGCACUGGUUCAUGUCCUCGAUAACUACUAUCUCGCCAUCAGUUUCUUGAUCUGUUUGGGAUAUCAAGCCAUUUUCUUCGCUAUCUCUGUUGGAUUCAAGACUGAUCAACUGAACGAUGUUGCUGGUGGCACCAAUUUUGUCUUACUGGCAAUCAUCACGGUUUCCAUGUAUGGCCAGCACGAAGCCCGCCAAAUUGUCGACAGCAUUUUCAUCAUGAUUUGGGGAGCACGUCUUGCAGGAUUCUUGCUUUUCCGUAUCAUCAAGACUGGCAAGGACGACCGCUUUGAUGACAAACGUGGAAAGGUCCUGCCAAUGUUGGGUUUCUAUACUUUCCAAACACUCUGGGUGAGUCGAUCGUUGUUAGCCUGCUGUGCUUCACUAACGACUUGUGUGUUUAGGNUCUGGACUGUCAGUAUGCCUGUGACUAUCUUGAACAGCCCGAUUGUCAACCAAUACCGACAACCUGCUUUCAACAAAGCCACCGACAUUCUGGCCGUCAUUGGUUUCGGUAUUGGUAUCAUCAUGGAGACCNCCAUCUACAUGCUCGCUGUUACUCCCGCAUCUUACAACUACGUGCACGGCGGGGCAAAGGCAGCUCUAUUCGCCAGCGUCAUUGGACCAGUCUUCUUGACAAUGUUGUUGAUGUUCGUGUCUGGUCUGACCCUGCAAGAACGUCCCGGAGCAAAGAAGAGAUACGAGAAGGGCGAAGGCUGGAAUGAGUAUGCUGCUUACCUGCACCAAACCAGUAUCCUCAUACCCUUCCCACCAGCUCUUUACAAGAGGAUGCCUGUCAUCUUGAAGCGAACUUUGUUCCUAGAGUUCCCGAUCUAUGUGUUUGACCCAGCAAAGCACGCAGAUCAAGACGCUGCGCAGAGACAGGCAGAAGAAGGACACAAC